AAACGAGCAACGACGAAGCAAUCCUUGAAGCUCCAGCUGUCGCUACCCUUCUCACCUCACCCCCAACAUAUCGAUCAAUUGGGAAUCACCGAGACCAUACACAUCAUGUCUGUCCCUUCUCUCACCAGCUACGUCGUUAAGCGACCAUACCUCAAGCGCUGGCUCCAGCCCAUUGCUGAAUGGUACACCAACGCUGCUGGAUACCGCCGUCUCGGGUUGAGGGCUGACGAUCUCAUCCCCGAAGAGAGUGAACUUGUUCAGCAAGCUAUCAAGCGUCUUCCUGCCAAGGAGGCCUAUGACCGUGUCUUCCGUCUCCGCCGCGCUUUCCAGUGCUCCAUUUCUCACACUCUUCUCCCUGCCGCGGAACAAACAAAGCCUGAAGAGGACGUCGAAUACCUCAGCCCCAUCAUCCGCGAACUCCAGAAGGAAGCCCAAGAACGCGAGGAUCUGGACAACUUGAUCGUGAAGCGAAAAUAAACCAACGACAAGGGUGGGAUGACAAAAACAAUAUAGAGUGUUGUCUGCAGAUUCGAUUAUCGUAUUUGAUCUUGCAUGCUAUAGUGGUCGUGAUUCUUGUGGGGAUGGAGAUGUGAUAACCAGACGUUUCUUCUUUUAGUCGUCUUCUACGACUUGUGUACUCAAUAGCUGUACAAAGAAUCAACCUUCUUAUUUCCUUUGUUAGAUGAUACACAGCACGUGUUCCCUAACUACUUUAUACAAAUCAACAUACAACACGGCAUAAUCUCAUAUACAUAUUCUCUGGUAAUGGUCUGUAUAUCAAGCAUUCAAUACCGCAACAUCUACCUCCUCCACCC